CGAGAGUGAUUGAGUGCAGCGUCAGCAGCAGCCCGGCAGCACCCACAGUCUCUCUCGUGCAGCACCGCCGUCCGGGCCCACUUCCCCUCCGUGCUCCCUCACGCCAUGGACGCUGCCGACACCCUCAGGAGGCAGGUGCGGGUGUGGGGCGACGGAUGCUAUGAUAUGGUUCACUUUGGGCAUGCCAAUGCACUCCGUCAGGCUAAGGCUAUGGGAGACUACUUGAUAGUGGGUGUGCACACAGAUGAGGAGAUCACCAGACACAAAGGGCCACCUGUCUUCACCCAGAAGGAAAGAUAUAAAAUGGUACGAGCAAUCAAAUGGGUGGAUGAGGUGAUUGAAGGAGCCCCUUAUGUUACCACCAUAGAAACCUUGGACAAGUAUAAUUGUGAUUUCUGUGUACAUGGAGACGACAUCACUAUGACUGCCGAUGGGGUGGACACCUACCACAUAGUAAAGGCUGCCAAGAGAUACAAGGAAUGCAGGAGGACAGAGGGAGUCAGUACAACUGAUUUGGUUGGAAGGAUGUUAUUAAUGACCAGACAACACCAGCAGGUUGGAGAGGCAGAGUACCUUGUGGAACGCGGCCAUUCAGAUAGCUUGGGAACUGAUGCAAGUGCUCGUUCACCAUGGACAGGUGUGACACAGUUCCUACCGACAACACAAAAAAUAAUUCAGUUUUCCUCGGGGCUUACACCAAAGCCAGGUGACAAGAUUGUGUAUGUAGCCGGAGCAUUUGAUCUGUUUCACGUUGGACAUCUGGACUUCUUAGAAAAAGCUAGACAGGAAGGAGACUUCUUGAUUGUGGGGCUCCAUACAGAUCCAGUCGUUAAUCGGUACAAAGGGGCCAAUUAUCCUAUUAUGAAUCUGCAUGAGCGUGUUCUUUCUGUUUUGGCUUGCAAAUAUGUGAGUGAAGUUGUGAUCGGUGCCCCAUAUUCAGUGACGUGUGAUUUGAUGGACCAAUUGAAAGUAGACUUGGUAUGUCAUGGCAUGUCGGAGAUUAUGCCAGAUGCUGACGGGUCAGACCCAUAUAUCGAGCCCAAGAACAGGAACAAAUUUAAAUUGCUGGAUUCUGGAAAUGACAUGACUACCCAGAGGAUUGUUGAGAGGAUCAUUGAACACAGGUUGGAGUAUGAAGUGCGAAACAAGAAAAAGGAGAAAAAGGAGAAGGCUGCAUUUGCUGCGUACAUGAAGGCGAAGGCCGAGGGUCGUGUUGACAUCAGUCCAAUAAAGGGAGAUUGACCAAGUGUCCCAAAUAUUAAAAGUGGCUCGUGCAGUAUAGUGUGAUCUUCAUAUUUAUUGCAAAUAUGUUUUAUAAAAUUUAUAAAAAAUAAUUUUUAACAAUCACACAUGGUGGGCCUUUUUAUUAUAAAGAGUUGUUCCAUUAUCAGGUUUUGGUAACCCAGGUAAAUUCAUGCUAUUACUGUACUGGGGUCUAUUCAUUGUGAAAUAGAGGAUUUUAUGUAAGACACUCGCUAAUAUUACAACUGGUUAUAGGAGCCGAUUUCAUUUGGCUAAGACCACUAGUACAGUUUAACCAAAUACAAUACAGUAUAACGAACCUCAAAAUUUUGCGUAAAGGAUACACAGUAUAUUAUUUGUAAAGCAAGUACACAAAUUAUAUAAAACAUGAGUCACUAUAUAGUAUAAAUAUUGUAAAUGGUUUUCAGUAAGUAUUUGCACUUCAUUCUAGAAGAGAAUGAACACAAGAAUAAAGCAGGUCACUGGCCAUGUGAUCGUAUGCUCCGACAGCAUGGUGCUGUCAUUGGGGAGCUGUCUGGAUAUAGCUUGCACCCAGACUAUAAAGCUAAUGACGAUUCUAUUGCUUGUCAUAUCAUUUUGGAAAUAAAUAUUUCGUUCUUGCCUGAAGAAAAUUACAAAAGUUAUUCUAGUCACCUGAGCAAUAAAUAAGCCGUUAAACUUUUGGUCAUCAUGAAACCUGGAAAAGGUGGCUAUCUUGGGCUUGGGGUCUUUAUUGUUGUUAUUAUUAUUAUAAAUGAUUGAAGCUCUAAAUUUGAUAGUAACAUUUGAGGGUAUAUAGAGAGUAAUGUGUGAAGUUUAUGAUCAUUCCUGUUGUAAGUUAUGUAGUGUGUGAGAAGUUUGACUCUAGGAGUGGUUCAAUGCUCUGACAUGAGGAUAGGUAGUUGCAAAUAUAUAGUAAUUCUUCCUAUACACUAUCAUAUUCAGUGAAUACAUAGAUAAGAUAUAAAUUAUGGUUAGUUUUCUGUUGAACUUGAAGUUUGAAGUACUGUAUGUGAAGCUAGUCAGAAUGCAAUGCAGUGGUUCAUUUACUAUGAAGAUAAUUUUUUUGGUGACCCAGAGUUUUUUUUCAAGCUUUGCAGAGGCUAAAAAAUUAAUACCUUUUAUAGUAUAUUGUUAUUUAAAGAAAAAAAUAUAGUACAGUAUUAUGUAACCUAUAAUUUUAACCACUAAACUUGAACACGUUUGAUGUUAUAUUUUAUGCUGUUAUGGUUUACUCUGCUUCCAGGGUUGAUCAUCUGUAACCUUACACUCAAUAGAUUUGCACACAGAGCGCAACCACUGGGAUGAACUGCGACUCUUGCCAUAACAAUUGGAUUCCAAAAAUGUCUAUAGUUAAUUUUUUGCGUCUUAGAUAAGUAGAAAAAAAAAGAGUACAGCUUCUUGUCAGUCAUAAUGUAUGUGUUGAGGGAGAGGGAGGGAAGUUGUGUGGAUGAACUUUUAAUAUAUUACAUCACAGAAGAAUGAUAGUUGUGUACAUAGUGACCAUUGCAUAUGUUGGUGAUGAAAGUAUUUUUAAUUACUUUAACUAAUUUUUACUUUUCUCACGGCUGCUCAGUCAGUUUGUAUAUGCAGCUUUUUACUUUAGACCUUUUCAUUGUCAGUCUUAUGGAAGUAAUUUCCCCACAUCUCUUAUUUACAUUUAGUUUUAAUCACUAAACACAAUCUAAAUUGCUGUUGGGGUUUAAUGGUUUUGAAAGUAAAAUUUGAACAUUCCUCAAAUAUUUUUAUUGGUAACUCUGAAAUUAGUAUGCAAGUUUAAAAAUUGGGGCACCAGUUGUGUGUCCAUUUCCUCUGAAGAUUUAACAGGCAAGUGUCUUGAUCUUCACAUAUGAAAACACAUUUUAAAUAUUAAGAAAAUUAUUAAUUAGUUAAAACACUAAAUAUCAUUAAUAUUGUACAGUAUAUUCAUAUAGCCUUUUAGAUAUGAUAACAUUUAAACUGUAACAUUUAAAGUUGCAAAAAAUGUCUGUAAAUAAACCAAUUUUAAAAAUUUCCUAAUUAA